ACACUGUUCCUUCACAGCACUGCCUGCGCUGAGUGACUCAUGGAUGUGGAUGAGGCAGAGUCUGAAGUGAGCAGAGAAGGACCAAAUAACUAAAAAGGACGAAGAAGAAAUGCCUCCAAAGAGGAAAAAUGAUUCCAUUGUUCAAGUUGAAGAUGUUGGGAUGGACGUCGAUACUGUGAUAGACAGUGGAAGUGAAGAGGAGGCCAGGCGGAGAACUAAAAACAGAAGAGCCAAACCCCAACGUAAAGCCAAACGGGUGAGUGAUGAUGAGGAAGAUGAUGAAGACGAGGACGAGGCACCGAGGAAAAGAGGGCGAAAGAAGAAGGCCAGGCCCCGGGACAGCGACGAAGACGAGGAGGAGGACAAACGAAGUGUGAAGGGCAAAGGGUCGAAAGCCUCCAGGAGGAAAGCUGCUAAGGACGAGAGUGAUGAGGACAGUGAAGAAGAGCGACAAAAAGAAAAAGGAGGCAGAGCGACAUCCAAAAAGGAGAAAGAGGAGCAGAAUAAGGAGAAGAAGGGAGGAAAUGGGAAAGAAAGGGAGAGUAAAGGUGGUGAGAAGGACAAGAAAAAGAAGAAUGGGAAGUUGAGCAGCAGCUCUUCUUCCUCCUCUGAGGAUGAUGAAGAUUCACUGUCGGAGGGAGAGAUUGCAGCGCUGAAGGAACAGGUGGAGGAGAAGAAGAAACUGAUCGCCACAUUAAGGAACAAACCCUGGCGCAUGAAGAGGAGACUCGUAAUGCUCAAGGAGGCCCAGGAGUUUGUUGAAAAGUUCGAAGGGGCUCUUGGGAAAGGAAAAGGCAGGAAGCUGUAUGCAUACAAAGUCAUGAUGACCAAGAAACUUAUCAAGUUUAAACGUGACUUUGAGAACUUCAAAACGGCCUGCAUCCCCUGGGAGAGGAAGAUAAAGGAAGUAGAAAGUCACUUUGGGUCAUCUGUGGCAUCCUACUUCAUUUUUCUGAGGUGGAUGUACGGUCUGAAUCUGGUCCUGUUUGGAUUCAUGUUUGGCCUGGUGGUGCUGCCUGAGGCUCUUAUGGGUCUUCCUUAUGGUUCCAUUGCCAGGAAAACUGUACCUCGAGCAGAACAGGACUCAGCCAUGGACUUCUCAGUGCUCUUUGACUUUGGUGGCUACUGCAAGUACUCCUUUUUGUUCUAUGGAUAUUACAACAACGAGAGAACCAUCGGGUUGCUGCAGUUCAGACUUCCUCUGUCAUAUCUGCUUGUGGGUGUUGGAAUCUUUGGAUACAGCCUCAUGGUUGUCAUUAGAACGAUGGCUCGUAAUGCAAAUGAAGGAGGAGACGGUGGAGAUGAGGGGGAGUUCACCUUCAGCUGGAAGAUGUUCACCAGCUGGGACUACCUGAUAGGAAACCCGGAGACUGCAGAUAAUAAAUACGCCUCCAUUACCACCAGCUUCAAGGAAUCCAUCGUGGAUGAACAGGAGAAUCAGAAAGAUGAGAACAUCCAUCUCCGACGUUUCCUCAGGGUUCUUGCAAACGUUAUGAUCCUGUGCUGCCUUGGAGGCAGUGGGUAUCUCAUCUACUUUGUCGUGAAACGUUCUCAGGAGUUUGCUGAGAUGGAUAACGACGACCUCUCGUGGUUUGAAAAGAACGAGUUGGAGUUUGUGAUGUCUCUGCUGGGACUGGUGUGUCCUCCGCUGUUUGAAACCAUCGCAGAGUUGGAAGAUUAUCACCCUCGUAUUGCCCUUAAGUGGCAGCUGGGACGAAUUUUUGCCCUUUUCCUGGGAAACCUGUACACCUUCCUGUUUGCUCUCUUUGAUGAGGUUACUGCCAAGUUGGAGAGAGAGCAGUCAAUCAAGAAUGCCACUGAAUGGGCUUUGAAUCAGUACUAUGCCAACUACUCGUCCUUCUACAACACCACAAAUGUGCCUCCUCCAGAUGUGCACCCCGCCGAUGUCAUCAGAGGACCAUGCUGGGAGACUGGAGUGGGAAUAGAAUUUGUGAAGCUGAUAGUGUCAGACGUGCAGGUGAGCUAUUUGACCAUCCUUAUUGGUGACUUUCUGCGGGCGGUCAUUGUCCGGUUCCUCAACUACUGCUGGUGCUGGGACCUGGAGGCUGGAUUUCCAUCAUAUGGAGAGUUUGACAUCAGUGGAAAUGUGCUGGGGCUUGUCUUCAAUCAAGGGAUGAUAUGGAUGGGAGCCUUUUACGCUCCAGGUCUGGUGGGCCUGAACGUGUUGCGCCUCCUUACCUCCAUGUACUACCAGUGCUGGGCAGUAAUGGCCUGUAAUGUUCCACACGAGCGAGUUUUCAAGGCCUCACGGUCCAACAACUUCUACAUGGGCCUGCUGCUGCUUGUGCUGUUCCUCAGCCUCCUUCCUGUCGUCUACACCAUCAUGACGCUGCCUCCGUCCUUUGACUGCGGGCCGUUCAGCGGUCAGGAGAAGAUGUAUGAUGUGGUUAUGGAGACUAUAGACCAGGAUCUACCUGCUUUUAUUGGGAACAUUUUUACGUAUGCCACCAACCCUGGACUCAUCAUGCCCGCUGUCCUCCUCAUGGUGUUGGCCAUCUACUACCUCAACACUGUGUCAAAAGGAUACCAACAAGCAAACUUGGACCUUAAAAGGAAGAUGCAAAUGGCCCGAGAUGAGGAGAAGAAUCGCAGGAACAACAAGGACAGCACUAAUGAAGUGAUGAAAGACUUGGAGGACCUGCUGCCAAACAAGUCUCUAAUACCUCCUCCCGUUGAAGAAGAGCCGCCACCUGAUGUCAUAGUGGAGAAAAACAGCAAGUCUACCAAGACAAAGCCAGGUUCAGCAGGGAAAGGUGUUAAUCUGCAAAAGGAGGUGUCACUGGCUGCCCCAAACCCUAGAGGGCCAGUGACCCGAGCCCCGGUGGCCAGAGGUAGGCCUCCUGGAAACCCCAGGGGGCCUCAGCCUGGGCCCGGCAGAGGCAGGGGUCGGGGUGCACCUCCGAGGUAUUAAGAGACAUGAAUCCUAGACUCAGAUCCAGUCAAUACAAACAGCUCACCACAAACAGCAGCCAUCUUAGUCACAUAGAGAGGAUGGAUGUGUCACUUUAAAGGGGAACUUCAGUUUUUUUCAACCUGGCGUCUGUUUCAAUAUGUAAUUUCAUACAUGUGAGUGAUGGAGAAACGAAUUUUUGACAUAGCUCCAGUAUUUAGCCAGGCAGGCAGCUUAGCAGCUCAGCUAGCAGCUCAGCUAGCGAAAAGUAUGGGGCAGCUGGCCCCCCCGCAUCAACGUCCGCCCUAACAUGCUUUUUGCCCCACACUGACCGGCUCAGAUAGUCUCAACGAGUGUCCCACAACAUACUAGAGAUGAGAAGUGAACGAAAACCUCCACAUUAUCUGGCGAUCGCUCUUUGUUGUGGUCUGUAUCCAAAUCUCAGGACGCUGGAAAGCAAAUCUCGUUCUGAAAUCGCGCGAUAGCUCGCGCCAAAACCGCGAGAUUUGCAAUUUCGGUACUUUUUACCGAAGUUCCC